AUGCGCUUUAACAGCUUCUAUUGUCGGUUGGGCACAACUGAGCGCAAUUCCAGCCGCGAGCCCAGGGUGGGAGGAGGGGCAGCGCUGAGGGGAGAGCUACGCACAAGCGAGGACGUCCGGGCCCUCAGCCUUUUGCCGCGAGCCCUCGCGGGGCGGCCUGCACCUUUCUGCCUUAGCACGAGCACCCAGGCCCCAGACUCGGGCAAUGCCCACAAACAAGAUGGCCGCAUCGGAGGCAACCCCCUACUGCUUAGCGCCCUGCUGUGCCAUUGGUCAGAGUGCGGAGUGAGGCCAGCGCCGAUUGGUCGAGAGCGAUGCGGGGGUGGGGGUGGAGCUGUAGCAGCCUGGAGCCAAGAGUGGGCAACGCGGCGUGAGCAGCAGCCCCAGGCUCCCGGAGCAUCGCGCCCGGAGAAAGACUUCGCCGCUCGGGGCCGCAGCCUGGUGAGCUCAGCCCCCUUCAAGCCCUCCCCUGCAUCUCAGCCGGAGCCUCUCCAAACAGACGCUGAUCGAUGCCGAGACUCCCCUGGGACCCUAUCGCGACUCCAUCGUGCCAUAUCUCGACAUCACCGUACCCUGUCGAGACUCCAUUUUGUCACAACCCCUUUCAAUAUUUAUCUAUCUAUCUAUUUUUUAAAUUUGCCUUAUCAUAUUUGGGGGCUGUCCCCUUCAUGUCGUGAUUUCGCUGUGAUCUCUCCGUGACAUCACCGC